UCGCGAGACACCACACUCACGAGAACAGCUCGAAGCUGCAGAGAGACACAGAGAGGGAGAGAGCGAGCGAGAGCGAGAGAGAGAGAGAGUCGAGGGGAAGAGAGAAGGAGGAAUCCAGAAAGAGAGAGAGAGGGGGGAUGAUGUUGAUCCAUCCGGAGUCUUUUUGUGACGAACUGAGUUGGAUUUAAGGACGAUUCUUUGGCGAAGAAGACAGGACGAUUCUUUUUUCAUCAUUAAUAGAAAAAUCUUUUUAUUUACCAGCAUCCCUCCUCCUCCUCCUCCUCCUCCUCCCUCCCCUCCGGUCCGAGCUCGCUGCAGGGAGUCUUCCGUCAGCUUUUACUUUUUGUUUCAUCUGAUUUAUUCUCUCACUGCUUGAGAGCCUUCCGUCUUCCUUCUGAAAGCACAAGGCACCCCCUCCUCUCAGAGGGAGCUGUCCGGUGCUGAAGCUGCAUUUCCUCCCUUCGCUGCACGAGGACUGAAGCGGGCGGGCAGGGAGACUCCAACAGGCUCAGAGAAAAACUCUAACACUGGAUCUGUUCUCAGAGGACAACCUUCCUGCCCUGUGUGUGUGUGUGUGUGUGUGUGUGUGUAUGUGCAUGUGAGUGUGUUAAGGACCGACCACCAAACUGGCCAACUCGUCAGCAGUCGGCUGGGUCUGUGUGCUGCUGUGUGUGUGUGUGAGAGAGAGAGUGAGUGAGUGUGUGUCAGCGUGUCACCAUCAUGCCAAGGUCUUUCCUGGUGAAAAAGGUGAAACUGGAUGAUUUCUCCACCGGGGCGGAUCUAGAACACGCCUACCGGCACCGGGCGGACCUGAGCCUGCGGCUGCAUGACAAAGCUGGUUACAUCAGCGACUACAUCAGCCCGGUCGUGUAUGAUGGUGAGAGCGAUGGCGGCAUCAAGGUGCCCUCUCCUGACCCCCUCUACGACGGCAUCCACAGCGACUACGGGGCUCCUGACUCCGAGUCUCCCGACAGCCCCGGCUCAGAAAUCACAGAUGGCUACAUAAACGGCGACGCUGCAGUAAGCGAGGGAUACACAGUCGAUGCCUUCUUCAUCACCGACGGACGCUCGAGGAGGAAAGCCCUGGGCAGCCCUCGGAGCGUCCAGAGGCACACCUGCAACGAGUGCGGCAAAACCUACGCCACGUCUUCCAACCUGAGCCGGCACAAACAGACGCACCGCUCGCUGGACAGCAAGCUGGCAAAGAAAUGCCCGACGUGUGGGAAGGUGUACGUAUCCAUGCCCGCCAUGGCCAUGCACCUGCUCACACACGACCUCAAGCACAAGUGUGACGUGUGCGGGAAAGCGUUCAGCCGGCCGUGGCUCUUGCAGGGCCACAUGAGGUCUCACACGGGGGAGAAACCGUUUGGCUGCGCCCACUGUGGGAAGGCCUUCGCGGACCGCUCAAACCUGCGCGCGCACAUGCAGACCCACUCGGCCUUCAAGCACUUCAAAUGCAAACGCUGCAACAAGACCUUUGCGCUCAAGAGUUACCUGAACAAGCACUACGAGUCUGCCUGCUUCAAAGGCCCCUUCUCUCCUCUCGGCCCGCUAGAUGCAUGACGACCUCCCAGAAGAUCAAGCGGCAGACAAACUGCAGACUGAAAUGACCGUCAUCCUUAAAGACCGAACUGCAGACGGUAUAUUUUUGGUCAGAAGUUGACCUUGCUCUCCUUCCUCACUCCCUCCUCUCCCCCGUCCCCCUCCCCGCCUUCUCCUGGAACCUGAAGAUAGCACAAUUUUUCUCCUUGAGAUUUUCCAUCUUUAGGAUUGAACUGAUCGACGCAUGCACUUUCUGAAAAACUCCUCGCCUCCUCUUCCUCCGCCCGUUUGGGAUGGAGACAUGAGAGUAUUACCACGGCUUCCUCCUGGCAUCGACAUGACGGACAGCAGCUUCUAUUUUGGGACACGGACGGUGGGAUGGAUGACAAAGACAAUAGCGAACCUUUAGCUACUAGUUUUCUCCACGCACUGAAAAGGUUUUUCAUUCUGAUUCAGCUUUUGAUUUUUGGAAAGGAGGAUGAUAGUAAUAAGAAUAGUAAUAACAAUGAUAUUAAUAAUCAUGCUCUGUUGCACCAAGUGACCAGAAUCUCUCCACUCCUGAGGUAAAGACGAUCCUGUUUAUUUAUUUGUUUAUUUAUUUGAGCACAUGGUCUUUUUUAUUGUACAUUUAUACUUGAUUUGAUAACCAAGCGAUGGUCUUUAUUUGCACUUUAAGUUCUGCGAGUGUUUGAUAUCUCUCUUUUUACCACUACAGGCCAAAGCAUUUGUCACUUUUUGAGUGUUAUUUUUUUCUAUUAGGCUGUUUACCUUUUUUCUGAUUAAAAUUAUUGCAUGCAAACAUAAUAAUGACAAUAAUAAUGAUGAAACCUAUGCCAACAUCAUACAAAGCUUAUGAUUUUUGCCAAAUUCCUAUAGAUAGAACCCGAGGGGGCGAUAUUUUUGUUUCUCUCGGAGCCUCCGUGGGACUCUUUAAAGCAAUAAUCACCUAAUGCAUGGUAUUUUACGAUGAAGUUAUGAAGCAUUACCUACUACUGUAUAGCAGUUUAAAAAUCAGGUAUGUUUUACUUCACCUAUAGUCAUAAACAGAAGAAUACUAACAUUGAGGACAUCAGGGAACAUGCCAACGUAGUGUUAGAGCAGCAAAAAGAAAAGUUCAGUCCUUUCCUCUCUCGUUAUGCACUGCCUGCCUCUUAGUGAGUAGAUCUAAUGUAGGACGUAGGCUAGGGAGGCUGGGAUCAGCUGCCCACGCGGCGCCAGGCCUACUGCAGGAUGAGACGUGGCCAACGUGUGCUAGCUUGGCUAACGCCGGAGGAGCAGCAGGAGAACGCUCUCCAGCCUUCUGAGGUGUGCAUGAACCCAACAUGACAGACAUCAUCUAACUCUCGAUUCGGUCUCCAAGACAAAGUUUGGUGCUUUGCUGGAGUUGGACUGAUGCCAACGGCAACGCGAUGCAUUAUUCAGGCCUCCCUGCAGAGCACUUCCACACCAUAACGAGAACAUCCCUCAGCCACAGAGGCAGGCCCGCGCUCCAGCUGGUCUGAUCACGCUUCACAGUCCUGAUGGUUCUGCAGUAGGCCCGCCCCGCUGGCCCAACCGUAGGCUGCUGUUCUGAGGAUGCAUCCACCGGCAGACCCACGUGGUCGACGCCGGUGCUGCUGAACCCAAAUCUCUGCAGCUCAGAAACCUUUUCUACAGAUUCACGGAGCUUUCCAGGAGACAGACCGACCAAAACAAAAACAAAAGCGUUUUUAUGUGUUUGUGCCACUUUUUAAAAGUGUUUAGUGAACUUGAGCUUGAACAGGAACAUGCUAGUGAAUGCAUGCACUUGUAAGCACACCGUGCCUGCCGAUGAGCCAUUAGAUCACAAAAUCUGUCAGCGUUCAGGUUUUUGAGACUGGAAUGAUUAAAUACGUAGAUGUGAAUCUCUGAGCUUCCUCAAGACUGACAGGAACGGGUCGGCACCAUCGAGGGAAACCACUGGAUGGGUCAAAGACGGCGUUCUGAGGUGGAACGUCUGCAGCUCGUCUCUGUUUAGUCUUUUCUGCUGUAAAGAAAUGCUAAACUCUGACAUGCAGAUCACAGUUCAGUCGUAUGUUUUUCUUAAUGUUGGAAAUCAGAACGCGAGUCCCAAACUGCAGCCUUUGUUGUUGCUGAUGCUCCAGUUUCAUCUGAGCGCUGACUAUUUCAACUGAAUCGUGCGUUUGGGUUUUUUUUACUUUGCUUUUCUUGUUUUAAAGUGGCGAGCCAAACAUCCACGGGUGCAAAUCAGGCACGAUUUUAAAGAAAACUUCCACCUUAGUGUUGCUACCUUGUCAGAAAUAUAUGAAUCAAGUUUAAAGAUGCAAAAAAAAAAAGAAAAAAAAUCGGACUUUGAGCCAUAGAAACGUUCAUCUUUGUGUUUGCAUGUCAUGUUUCUAAAUGAUGAGUACUUAACAAAGCUGUUACUGUGUUGUAAAAAUCCAGAUGCUAAUUUGCACUCACAGCUGAGUCUCUGGUGAGUUUUUGGUUUUAAAGCGGGAGGAAGGACCUUUUCCAGCGGCGUCUGUCUCCUGGCGAGCUCCGGGUCUGCUCUCUAUCAGCACUUCCAUCGCACUCGUCUCCACCUUAAAGAAAGUAGCACAAUAAAAACUAACUAGAAAUCAGGUAGAGCAGAAACAACAAAUAAAAACUAGCUUGACCUCUUCUUCUUUUGUAGAACGAUGCUAACCUAAAGAAUCCUUUAUGACAGGAGGGUUUGUGACGAAUCCUUUGGGUUGAGAUGUUUUUACUGCUGUAAAUCUGAAACACUUAACUCCCAGGAGGUCCGCAGCUCUGCUUUAGAGCGACAACCUCCUGGAUCUAUUUUCCUUUCUGAGCCAGUAUUCAGACAAUGUAAGCACAAUGAACACAAAGCAUUUGUGGCACUUCAUAAUAAAGAAUAAUCUUAAGCAACCGAG